UUUUCAAUAGCUUCUCACAGUUCAGUCUAGUUUAAUAUUACAUAUUUAGUAGAAUAUAAUCAACUCCGGGGAAAGGCUAGUGGAAUACACAGAGGACUUGCUGCCUGACGGUAAUAGAACCAAAGCGUUAUUGUCUUGGAUUCAGACAUCAUGAAUGACAAUGAAGAAACCGAAACUGAAAAGCAUUACAAUGAUAAAGACAUGACCUCAGAAGACGAACAGAUGUUAGAAGAAAUGGUGAUAAAGCUUCGUGACUGGGCAGGUGCCCAGCCACAUUUAGUGAACCCAAGACUAGACGACCGUUUCCUUCUUCGGUUUCUUCGCCAUCGGAAGUUUAACUUUAACGACUCGCAGUUGCUGUUGGAGAAGUACAUGAAAGCACGCACCAAGUUUCCACACUGCUUCCAACUCUUAGAUAUCGAAACUCCCGGAGUCCUAGACCUGCUUUCUAAUGGGUAUGUUUUUCCGCUUCCUGAGACAGAUCACCAUGGGCGUGUUGUUAUCUUUGGAAUAGCAGUAAAUCUGUUAACAGGUAUUAUGGACCCAAAGCGCCACAAACCCAGCGAUUCAUUUCGAGCAUAUAUGUCGACAUUUGAGGUUCUGUUAGAUGAUGAAAAUGCCCAGAAACAAGGUUUCUCCUAUAUUUUUGACCAGACGGAAUUCCGGGUUUCACACUUCACAUCUGUUGGACUCCGAGAGCUUCAACGACUGAUGUCUACAGGAGAAAAAGCGAUGCCUAUUUCCCACAGAAAAAUCCAUUGGUUUAAUAUGCCCAGAUAUCUCCUGUUCAUUUACGAACUUUUUAAAAAUCUGUUGAGUCAGAAGAUUCAAGAACGGAUGGUUGUUCACUGGAACCUCGAGAGCCUUCAUUCUCACUUUCCUCGUAAGAUCUUACCAAAGGAAUACGGUGGAGAACACUCGGUGAAAGAACUUGCAGGUCGUUGGGUGGAGACAUUACGACAAAAGAGGGAGCACCUGCUAUCCUUAGACAAAAUGCAGUAUGAUGAAAGCAAGAAGCCUACUCAGACAACCGAUGACGAUGGAUCUUAUGGUAUAAUGAAAUUUAUGGGUAGAUUAGCACGACUGGAUAUCUUAUGAGAACUUGUCUGUCAUAAUGGUUUAUAAAAAAAUGAUAUGCUAUACGUUCUUGUAACAUGAGCUGUAUACCAACUUUUAACAACCGGUCACAUGGCAAAUUUAUUAUAUAUUGAGACACAUGAAUUAUAAAUAAUCUCGUAAAUUUAAUUGCCAAUAUUGCACCGCUUCUAUAGAUAUCUUUAAUAUUGUGCUUAUUCGCUAAUCAUUAUAUAUUAUAGUGCCAGUUUGCCAACAAUUGAAUUAUAUCACACUAUAGCAUAUGCGAGGACAAGAGUAAAGUGUGAAUAUUUUUUUCAUUUAUAAUUAGCCCACUUUUUCUGAAUUUCAGCUCAAUCUUAAAAUAUAUUGAUGUUGCAGUAAAAUAAGUAAUUAAUCAUACGAAAACCGUCAUAAACAUCAUUCGUAUUCUUCCUAUUCUCGUUGACUGAAACAUAAGUCUACAAAAAAAAUAUGCUUCUUACUAUGAUUAUCUUGUUUCGAUUCUUGCGUGUAACUGAGUACAAGUACAUUACUCUAAGUUUGCUGAAAUAAAACACGAUGUUUAAACAGAUUUAGUUUAUUUCAUUAUUCAAAUACUUUUAAGCUUUGAAAUCCGAAUAUGAGAAUCAGAUCGACUUACCGAGAUGUGUUAUCGCAAAUACUACGUAGUUUGAAAGAACAAAUAUUACAGUUAAAACUGUACCGUGUAUUUUGAUUAACAUACUUUAAUUUUGAACUUACAUGCAGUAUUACAAGAACUUUUUAAUGUUAUUUAAUGAUCCAUUUUUAUUUGCUUAUAUUGCUUUAUAUGUUUAUCUUUUUAUGAUUAAUACAGCAACAGCUAAACGGUUACAAAAACGUUUCUAUAGCAUAAAAUUUUAAAGUAAUUCAGUAUGAGAUGGUUGCUUAAGUUUAAAAUUAAGAACAAAAUUGGUCGUAAAGUUUUAAUAAUAAUAUUGAUAUUUGCGGAAUCUGCAUCAUUAAAUGGUACAUCAUGCAGAAUUAUGAUGAAGAUGUAUUACUCUGUACUGCAGUGAUGUAAACUGUAUAAACUAGCGAAGAAUGAAACUUUCUAAACCUAAGAAGAAUGAUGAAAUCACGCUUCACUGCAGACGUGUGCUUUUUUUUCUUAUUCCUAGUUACAUUGUUCAUAUUGUUUGGUAUAGAGUGAAAGCAGUUCAACGACAGUGGCUUGUGGUAGACGAAAUAUAAAUUUGAAAUGUUAUUUUUACGCGUCUUAUAGUUGCAAUUUACGACGUACUAUAAAAGAGAAGUGUGAGAAAAAACGUCUGCAGUCAUGCGUGACUUUAAUCCCACUUGUUUAACGUAAAACGUUUCAUGGUUUUAUUAGUUUAAACAUUCUUCAACAAUGCAAUAUAAAUUUUGUACUGCCCUAAAACAGACUUUGAGAUAUAUUUUUGGCAGUGGUGAUAAGUUUUGGUAUUUGAAUGAAAGGUCGGCCUCCUUUCUCUCUCUUUAUACGUGUGAUAUUUUAAAGUUCGACAAUACUAUUAUAAUGUGAA